AUGGGCAACAACAACUACCUGAAGCAAGCAUCACGCCAUUUGGAAAAGCUGCGCGGGUACGACCACAACAUGGAGCAGCAGUUGGCAUCCCAGGAGAAGAAGACCGCCUUCCGCCGUACGGUGGACCAUGGCAACAAUAUGGGCCGGUGGCACCUUGAGCGACAGCUAGGGAACACCACUACCCAACAGCCGAUCGGGGUGGUGCGCCCAGAGCUGCUGUAUCUCAUUGACUUCUUACCGCUGAUGGCCUACGCCCUGUCCCAGAAUUUAGAGCGCCAUAACCGCCGUAACAUGGCGGUGAUGGACUUGGAGCUGAAGUUCGUCCACUUGUCGCUGAACAAAGCCAAACACACGAUCAAUACCGUGAAAUGGACUCCCGAAGGAAGACGCUUGGUGGUGGCUUCAUUCCUGGGGGAGUUCACCAUCUGGAACGGGAUGACGUUCAACUUCGAGACAAUCAUGCAGGCCCACGACCAGCCGAUCUUGCUGUUGCAAUAUAGUCAUAACGACGAGUGGCUCUUGUCAGGGGACCAGCUGGGGGUGGUCAAGUACUGGCAGCCCAACUUCAAUAACGUCAACAUUAUCACCGCCCACGCCCUGGGGGUGAGAGAUAUCGCGUUCAGUCCUAACGAUACCAAAUUUCUUACUGCUGCCGACGAUCUGACUUUGAAGAUCUGGAACUUCAAUAACGGCCAGGAAGAACGCACGUUAACCGGCCACCACUGGGACGUGAAACUGGCUGAUUGGCACCCUGACUUAGGGCUUAUUGUCCUGGGGUCUAAAGAUAACUUGGUCAAGUUGUGGGACCCGCGAGCAUCCCAGGCAAUCACUACAUUGCACGGGUUCAAGCAUACAGUGGUGCGGACACGGUUCCAGCCGGCAGGGACCAAACGGCUUUUGGCUCUGGCACUGCGAGACCGCCUGUGUCGAGUAUUUGAUUUGCGUACCAUGCGUGAUCUCCUCGUGUUGAGGGACCACGACGCCGACAUGUCGUGUGUGGCGUGGCACCCGCUCCACGCGCUGAUGUUGACCACUGCCGACUACAACGGGGCGAUGAACCACUACAUUCUUGAUCUGUACAUUCUGCAGCCGCUGGAGGACAAGACCCCGGGCAAUUUCGGUACUGACGCCCCGGGGACGUUGGAGGCGGCCCACAAGAUCCCCUACGCCCACGAAAAGGCGAUCCACGCCCUCGAGUACCACCCGAUGGGCCACUUGUUGUGUCUGGCAGGGCUGGACAAGACAGCACGCUUCUGGUCGCGGGCCCGGCCACAAGACCCGUUGUCGUUCAAGGACCCGUUGUACACCGACGAUAAGCAAGGCGCGUGGUACUACGCCGUCAACAACAAUAUCAAUGCCAUCAUGGACCCCAGUGCCGUGGCUGGGUUGUUGUCUAACAUCGGUGUCGGCGGUGACGCUGGCACGGCAGGGGCGGUGCCUGGCUUGAACAUGGCCCAACCACUGAACCCUGUCGCCCCCAUGGGCAUUCCCGGACUCCGUAAUUAG